UGGGCCGGCCUGAGGAGGUCUUUGCAGGUGGGUGUUGGGGGUGAGGAAAUGCCGCAGCACGAGGGCUAUUCGUUCAAGGGAGCCGGCAACUGCAUGACGCCCAAUAAGACCAUCGUCCAUGGCACGUGGUACCCGAUUGUGGGCCAAGAGGGCGAGCUGGUGCGUCGGUGGGGUGGGAGGGACGGAGGCAGGCAGAUGCUGACUGGCUGGCAUGGGAUGAAUGGAUGGAUGGAUGUACGUUGGACACAUGUGCUGUAGGUCCGCCUCGCAGAGAACUACGAGGAGCAGGAGGCCGGUAUCAUCAAUGCGGAGAUAUGUGCGGGCAUCUGCACCGACCUGGGCGAGCAGUGUGCCGCGUUCACCACGGGCAUGAGAAGGUACCCACACACAGACGUGCGAAUGCCAUCCAUGGGUCCACAUACAUACAUGUGUUUGCGCUGCGCUGCGUUGAUUUGGGUUGGGUGCAGUGGUCGGUGUGGUCUGUUGGCGCCCAACAGCACGAUGAAUGAGACGCUAUCGGGCAGCCUCACCGACAGAGAGGAGUGCUUUGCGCGACGCGCCGAGGGAGGUGAGAUGAGACACGAGGGCGGUGGGUGGUGCGGGGGAGAUGGGAUGGAUGUGGUCGUCUGGUGGCCGAAUGUGUCUUCCUUCCUUUAGAUUUUGAGAGUGUGGGGAAGGUAGAAAAACUGCACACACACUGAAAGGACACACACACACACAGAGGGGAUGUCUUUAUGUGCGUCAUCUGGGCAAGGGCUACUGCCGCACUGAACUCGAGGAUGGCACAUUGGAAGCCGGGUGGGCACAUGCAGUACAGAUGGAUGGCGUCCACACACGCACAUGUACCUGGAUGUCCGUGUGGAUGGCAUGUCAUGGCAUGCAGGCCUUACAUCACUCUCUUUGCCGAGGAGCUCGGCGCAGACACACUGGAGGACUGCAUCGAGUAACCAGCAGCACCAUCGACAUGCUGACUGACACACAUGCCAUGCUCACGCACCGCUUUCUCUCCUUGAAUUCGGUGCAUGUGUGGUUGCCCAGGGAGUGCGAGAGCCUCAAUGGUCGCGUGAGCGACCCGUCCCCCCUGUGCACGGGCAUCGAGCUGCGCGAGGCGUGUGAGCUGCAGCUGGCACCCAUGACCCCCACCACCACCGAGGCCAACCUCUGCUACCAGAAGAAUAGCUAACCGAGUGGUGGUCGGAUGGAUGGCGCCGAUCCCGUGUGCGUGCAUUGGUGUGUGUGCGGAUUUUGGCAGGCAGCCAUGACCCCAGCUGUUUGUCUCCUUACGUAUUGCUGGAGUGAUGGAUGCGUGUGUGUGUGUCAUCGCAAAGAAGGAGGCUGGCUGCGUGUCGUUUAUGUAGAUGUUAACUAGUUAAGUGUUAUGUGUUGCCUUGCUCGCGUGUGAUCGCCUUUUUGAGCAGACCAGGUCGAGAAGGAGAAGAAUCAGUCCAAGCAUAUCUAGCCAUAGGUCAGGCCAGAAAAAUGGUGUGCACGGCGUCGUAAGUACGGCUGACAGACCUCCUUUCAACACGGCCCUACUGCGACGGAUGCCGCAUGAAAGUGGGUGUGGGCGUGGGCCGUGUUUGGUGUUUUUGUGCGUCCAUGGGCGAGUUUCUUGUCCUCCAUCUGCGGGGCUGCGAGCAUGUGUGUGUGCAUACGUAUGCAUGAGUCCUGCAUACGUUCAUAUAUAACCUUCUGUCUGUCUGUCUGUGUCGGUGUGUGUCUGAGUGUUCAUAAGUUGGUACGUGGCUUGUCGCACGUCCAUCCAUCCGUCCGUGGCCGUGGACGGACGGAAGGGACAGGACAGCCAGGGAGGGGACGGACGGGGAAUGCGGACUAAGCAUGUUUGAACGAAUAUGACCACACGACAUUUGUGCCUAUCCUGGCC